GGUGUUCAGAUCUUUCACUCUGCAACUAAAACAAAAACAAAAUCAAAAUGUUGAAUGGAUGGGUCCUUCCGGUCCUCUUCACCACCGUCCUCGUUUCUCUCUGCAAUCCAAGAGGCGUAUCGGAGAUCAAAACACUCUCAAACAAUCCCGAAACCCAACAACAGCUCUUCUCUUUCCUCUCAACUCUCCAGUAUGACUUCUAUCGAGAAUCCUGCCCCAACGCCGAGAAGAUUGUAAGGUUCAAAAUGGCUCUGCUCUACUCGCACCACCCGGAUAUCUCCGCUUCUCUCCUUAGGCUCUUCUUUCACGACUGCUUCAUACAGGGUUGCGACGCUUCCAUCCUACUGGAUCCCACUGCAGGCGACGAAAGCUAUUCGAGCGAGAAGCAGGCUAUUCCGAAUUUAACCUUGAAGGGCUUCGAUGAGAUAGAUGAAAUCAAGGAGGAGCUAGAAAGGGUUUGCCCAACUGUAGUUUCUUGCGCCGAUAUCCUCUCCCUUGCUACUAGAGAUGCCGUCCUUCUGGCUGGUGGCCCCUUCUAUCCAGUCUUCACUGGCAGACGAGACAGCACAAGGCCAUACUUCGAAGAAGCAAUGGCUGAAAUGCCGAGACCCAGCGACAACAUUAAUCGCACUCUUUACCUAUUUGCAGCCAAAGGAUUCGACGAAAGAGACAUGGUCAGUCUUCUAGGAGCGCACAACAUUGGGAAGAUUGGGUGUCAGUUCAUUCUGCAUCGGCUUUAUAACUUCUCUGGGACCGGCCAACCAGAUCCAUCAAUCGACUCUGAGUUUCUAAACCUGAUGAGAUUCAAGUGCCGAGAGAAGGAGAGCAGUAGCAGCAUCGGUACUACUCGAGAUCAGUCUCCGGCAUCAUCCCCGAUUCCAGAGGCAUCGGUGGAGAGGUUGAGGAGGAGGUCUGCAAUGGGCAUGUCUUACUUUCAAGAACUGUCACCUUCAUUGUCGUCGGAGGGAGGUUUCGACACCCAUUAUUAUAAGAGCUUGUUGAGUGGGAGAGGGCUGUUGUAUGCUGAUCAGCAACUAAUGGCCAAUGAGAAGACCGCCAGGCUCGUCAGGGGAUAUGCUUUGGAUGAUGGCUCUACCUUUCGCAUGGACUUUGCGAGGGCUAUGGUGAAGCUAUCGGUUCUUAACGUUCUCACUGGUUCGCAAGGUCAUAUUCGUGAGAGGUGCGGGUCCUGAAAUGCAAGACCAUAUUUUGUUUCAAGACGUUUUCGGUGUCAUUGCUGUGUUCAGAUUCUUGAACAGAGUUGGACAUGUUUUACUUCAUUAGUAGUUGAUUUCGGGAAUGUAUAUAAAUAGAAAAUUCUUGUCAAUGGAACCAAUAGUAUGUUCUUCCUCCGGCCUCCUACAUGGCGACUCUGUAUAUAUUAAACCCAGUUAGUAGCCACCUUCACAAUCAAACUCCCUCCC